UAUUUGUAAUUUCGUAACGGAAAAAUAUUUUUUAGAAGCAGCUGACAAGAUGUUAAGGUUACGUCAGUUACAGUUAGAUUCUAACCAUUGUCACUGUAUAUACGACAAUAUAACUUGCAUUGGUUUAUGAUUGAAGUGUAAAUUUGUGCUUUUUUUUUGAUUACAUAUUUCAAAUAUUUUGAUAAAUCAUGUCGAAUACUGACAAAUAUUACACAGUCGUUCUUCGAUUAGUUUUAGAAGCUGGUUCGAUUGUGAGGGAAAAAAUUAAUCAACCUAAGGAUGCAAUGACAAAAUCCUGCGAAGUCGAUCUUGUUACCGAAUGGGAUCAAAACGUGGAGAAAUUAUUAAUGGAAGGAAUAUCUUCUAAAUUUCCGGAUCAUAAAUUUAUUGGCGAAGAAGCUAGUUCACUUGGCAGUAAAAUAGAACUUACAGAAGCACCGACAUGGAUUAUUGAUCCAAUCGAUGGUACAAUGAAUUUCGUGCAUGGUUUACCCCAUACUUGUAUAUCAAUCGCAUUGCUUAUUAAUAAAAUUAAUGAAAUUGGUAUAGUUUAUAAUCCAAUUUUGGAUCAACUUUUUACUGCCCGUAAGGGUCAAGGUGCAUUCCUAAAUGGACGUCCUCUUCAUGUCUCUGGACAAAAAGAAUUACGUAAAGCUCUUAUAAUGAUGGAAAUGGGUACAAGUAGAGAUCCAGAAAAAAUGAAAAUUGUAUUGGAAAAUGCUAAUAUUCUUGCUCCACAUGUUCAUGGGAUACGAGCUCUGGGAUCUGCGGCUUUAAAUAUGUGUAUGGUUGCUUUGGGUGGAGCGGAUAUUUCUUUUGAAUUUGGUAUUCAUGCAUGGGAUGUUGCAGCUGGUGAUAUUAUUGUAAGAGAAGCUGGUGGAGUAUGCAUAGAUCCAGCAGGUGGGCCGUUUGACGUCAUGAGUAGAAGAGUUUUAUGUGCAUCAACAAUGGAAUUGGCACAAAAAUUAGCUAAAAUAUUAGUUCAAUAUUAUCCCGAACGAGAUUAAAAAUUAUCAAAUAAACGUAUAUAGAAAAUCAUAAAAAGAUAUCUUCAAAAAGAGGCCUUGUUAAAUGCAUGAAUUUCAUACAUGUUGAUGUAUAUAAAAAUUUAUGUCUUUUUUUUUUAAUAAGAUUUAAUUUCGAUCAUAAUAUCAAUCAAUAUCGAUUAAUAAUAAAUCCUGAUGUUCUUAUUUUUGAGAAUAUUAAAGAUUUAUAAAUCAAAAUAGAUACAAACGUUUGAGAAAUUAUACCUAUUUAUUAAGUUAUUUACAUGAAAAUUUUAAAUGAAAUUCACAAUGUAUAGAAAAUAAUUUUAAAUUUAUAUUUAUAUUAUAAUACACAUUUAUAUGUGACAAACAGUAACGAUACUAUAUAAUGAAAUCGAAGAAUUUAUAUAUAUAUAUAAUUAUAUAUAUAUAUAAAUUCUCCGAUACACACACACACAAUGUGCAAAUGUAAUAUGAUUUUUAUUAAAAUAUAUAUAAAUUUAACUGACAUAAAAA